GCCCGGGGACAGUCACCGUCCCGGAAUGGGGCUUCAUUUCUCGGGGCUGGGAAUCACCCUGGAUCCUUCCCCACUCAGGGUGCUCUUGGGCCAUCUGAGGGCUCCUGGGUCAUUCUGGGCCUUCUGAGGGCUCCUGGGUCAUUUGGGGCCUUCUGAGGGUCCCUGAGCCCAAUGACACUUCUGCCCAGGCUCGUGCGGCUGGAGGAAGCCGCCAGGCAAGGUCCCCUCCAUGCCCUGGUGCAGCCUGGCCUGGGAGAGAGGAGGCCCCAGCCACGCCGAGAGCAAAGACAGGGCAGAGUUUCUCGGACGUGGCACCGGGCCAGGGAGCCCCUCGCGGCUGCAGGGGUUCUCCACGGACUCAGCCAUCUGGGUAGAGCAGCCCAGAGCCCUCGGGCCUCCUGCCGUAUUCUGCGGCCUGGGACUUGGGGGGACCUGAGGACACUGGGACACCGCUGAAGGGAGGUGCAGACAGUGUGUACUGGUGUUUCCAGGGACCGAGCCCAGAAGGAGCGGGCCAGCCAGCUCCUGGCCUGGAGGAAAAUCCUGCUCCCUGGCUAGAAAACCACCCUAGAGGAACGGGGCUGGGGUGCAGGAGGCUUUCCUCAGGCGGCCGCCCCUUUCCUCCUCCAGAAGCAGGGCAGGAAAAGAGCAUUCCGCCCAGGCAGCGAAAACCCCAGCUCCGGUUCCUCCCGCCCCACCAGAGGCCGCCUGGAGGCACGGAGUUCCGGCCGGAAUGAGGCCUGGGAAGCCCAGCGACUCACAGGCCACGGCUGCUUCCCCUCUGCGAGGAAGGAAAAGUCCCUGCAGAGCGGCCCUCGGCUCAGGCUGCGGUGCCCAAGCAGAGGAAGGGAGCGUGCUUGCAGACGCCUCCUGCUGGGAGCCUGCCACCCCCGCCACACCCUGCGCGGGGACAAAGCUCUCGGUCGCUGUGGCGGGGACACACCGCGUGCGGGUGGCUGCAAGCCAGCAGCCCCGAGCGGCCCCUCCCGCUAG